AUGAAUGGUCUAGUAACUCUGAUUACCGGUGGUGCAUCUGGUCUUGGUUUAGCUUGUCUCAAUCGAUUUCUUAAACAAGGCGUUAGUCAUGUACAUUUUUGUGAUCUACCGUCAUCGAAAGGUGAAGAAAUCGCUAAAUCCAUGGAUCCAUCAUUAGUUACAUAUCAUCCUACUGAUGUUACUCAUGAUGAUCAAGUUGAAGAUAUGUUCAAGAGAAUACAACAAAAAAGCUCUAAGCUCAAUUGUCUUGUUCAAUGUGCGGGCAUUGGUGUCGCAUUCCGUUGUUAUAAUAUCAAUAAACGAAGUAUGCACUCUAUGGAAGAAUUCAACCGAGUGUUGAACGUCAACGUCGUGGGCACAUUUAAUGUGCUGAGAAGGGCAUGUCAUCUGAUGGCUGAUAAUCAACCAGAUGCACGUGGACAACGUGGUGUGAUUGUGAAUACAUCGAGUAUCGCUGCCUACGAAGGACAGAUUGGUCAAGUCGCAUAUUCAGCUGGUAGCGGUGCACUAGCAAGUAUGACACUUCCAUUAGCACGUGAUCUUGCAAGUGCUGGCAUACGAGUUUGUACUAUUCUUCCUGGUGUUUUCGAUCAAACGAAAAUGGUCGAGCCAUUAUCAGAAAAAAGUAAACAAUUGUUGGCGAUGAUGGUGUCGUUUCCAUCACAGCUUGGCUUACCAGAUGAUUUCGCACAAUUAGCACAAAAUAUUAUUGAGAAUCAGUACUUAAACGGUGAAAACAUUCGUUUAGACGGUGCUCUUCGUAUGCCACCCUAA